CCUCUGUUACUAAUGCCGGUCGAUCGCGUUUAAACCCCGGUUCCGGCUCUCCUAGCCUAGGGUUUGCGAAAAGAAAGGAACAGCAGCUCCAGUAAGCCAAUGGAGGACGACACUAACGCUGGAAAAAAGGAAGAGGAGGAAUUCAACACUGGCCCUCUUUCUGUUCUGAUGAUGAGUGUCAAAAACAAUACCCAGGUGCUUAUUAAUUGCCGGAACAACAAGAAGCUACUUGGCCGUGUGAGAGCAUUUGAUCGCCAUUGUAACAUGGUUCUCGAAAACGUCAGGGAAAUGUGGACGGAGAUACCCAAGACUGGUAAAGGCAAGAAGAAGGCUCUCCCUGUUAACAAGGAUAGAUUCAUUAGCAAGAUGUUCCUUCGUGGGGACUCUGUCAUUAUUGUUCUCAGGAAUCCAAAAUGAGGAUCAAGCUCUCUCGCGCUGAAGAUAGGCAUGUCGUACUUGUAGUGCAGCUAACCUGGGUCUUUCAUUACUAUUGGCUUGAGGGUGUGCCGUCAAGCUCUCGUGUAAUGGUUUUUAUCACUCUUUUUGACUUGGAUAUCACUUAUUGACUGAAUUUAGAUUUUGGGUUUUUAACCGAUGACUUUAUUCAAGCUCCGUCUAAAUUUCAUAUAUGGUAUAUACUUUUGAGACUCUUCAUCA